AUGCGCGUUCCUCCGCUCCUCCUUCUCCUCUCGUUCUUCUCGCCUGGCCUCGCCGCCGCAUUCCUCACCCAGAGCGCGGUGCUCUCCGAACUCCUAGUCGAGUACGACGCGACUAUGCGCCCAUCUCAGACGGAGUGCAGCGCGACCUCUGCAGAUCACAUUCAGGUCCAAAUCGUUACGGACGCGCUACACUCGAUCGACCAGGUUUCCAAGUCAUACGCUCUCGACGCGCUGCUGCUCCUCGUGUGGAGUGACCCCCGCUUGGACUACAGCACCCGGAACCUGUCCUGCGCCGACGCCCUCACAUUCGAGAGCAUGGACGUGCUCGGCAUCUGGUCGCCAAAAAUUUCGGUGCCGCAGGCAAGAUCAAUCUCACUAGGCGGCGGUUCCGGCAAGAUGGCAGCAGACGGCGAGUCGGUCGAGAUCGGUGCGGACGGGACCGUUCGGUGGCUUCGACGCAUGCACGCCCUGAUUCACUGCAACUCCUUCUCCUUCGGCCGCGUGCCAUUCGACACGCAGUACUGUCAGAUGGAUGUGGGUGUGCUCGGCUACAGCUACGAGGAACUAACAGUCGGCUGGCUGACGCAAGAAGCGGCAGCUAACGCGGGCGUCGAGGCGAGUCUGAGGUCGGGGGAGUGGAUCGCCAGGCUGGAGAGCCUUCGGAGCGACGUGCGAGUGCCGGCACCAUUGUCUGGCUACAGGCCGCCAUCUCUCGCCGCGCUCUGCUUCUCGCUCGAGCGGAGCUCGCACGGCGCGGACUUCACCAUCCUUGUUGCGGUGCUGCUGGUCAUCGCCUCAUAUUCGGGCUUCUACAUCUCGCCUGCCGCUGCGCCUGCACGGAUCGCGCUCGCGUUCCUUUGUUUCCUGAUGGUGCUCAACAACCUCAACUCCGUGUAUAGCAAACUGCCGCCCCUUGUUCGCUUCAGCGACGGCGAGCGGGUGUGGAUAUCUGACUUUCUCACCGGCACAAUGAUUUUCAACUUUCUCGCACUACUCGAAUUUGCCGCCGUCAAUUUGGGCCUCCGCCUCGUGGCCGAGCAAAGGGCCGCGACAUCAACAAAGGAGGGCGGGCAGCACGCGCGGAUCACUGAGGAUGGCCAUGCUCGCGUAGACGAGGUCGAGGUAGGGCCGCCAGCGAGCGCCACUCGCGCGCGCCGUGCCGCCCUUUACGUUGUUCACCGCGCCAAGUGGCGACUCACGGCGCUGUCGCAGCUCGACGUGGCGAUGCGAGUUGUCUUCCCCAUCACAUACGGCAUCUUCUGCACAGUCAUGUUCUCCCUCGUCGAUCAAUAUGGCACCAACGAGCACGGAUGCGUCACCAUCGCGAAUUGA